CAAUCAAAACGGAUAAACUUUGGCCAUGUCACAAUCCAAGUUAUUUAUUGUCACCGGCCCUAAAGAGAACUUAUUAGUCUUGCGUUAGUCACUGAUAUGGACGGACACGCGCCAGGAGCAACUGGUAACACGAGCGCUGGGCAUGUGAUCCCUCGCAGCGGCUGGAAGGCUGUGAAUCCUCGGAGUAGGACUGAAAUGAAGGGUCCAGCUCAGACAGUGAUCGUGCACCACACCGCGCUCUGGUCCUGCGUCCAGUCGCGUGACAGUCUCUCUCAACUCGCGCACAUCCAGAACAUGCACAUGCACGAGCGGGGAUUUGAUGAUAUUGGUUACAAUUUUCUGAUAUCUGGAGAUGGGACGGUGUAUGAAGGACGCGGAUGGGGAGUUGUGGGAGCCCAUGCAAAAGCGCACAACUUUGAUUCUGUUGGCAUCGCCUUCAUGGGAAACUUUAAUGAUGAAAUGCCCACUUGUGCGUCACUGACUGCUCUCCAAGGACUUCUGCAUGUUGGACAGCUUUCUGGACAUUUUCGGAACGAUUUUGUGCUCGUGGGACACAGAGAUGUGGGAAAAACUGAAUGUCCGGGGGAACAUUUAUACUCAGCACUUCCCAAACUAAAAGACCAAUUAAAAAAACAUUACUGACCCUUUCCAGGGAUAUUGGUGGCUUUGAAUCCCUGCUGUAUUUAUUGCAGUAUGUGAAUGUAUAUAGUUUUCUGUAGUUGUGUAUUAAAGGAAUUGACUUGUUUA